CAUUUCCUUUCAAGAUGGCGGACAAUCUCCCUUCAGAGUUUGAUGUGAUCGUGAUAGGGACGGUUGCAUCUGGGUGAGUGGUCUGAGGACAGUAAAGACAUGUGUAUUCCCAUUAUGAAAACUGCAUGGCUGCAGGUUUACCUGAAUCCAUUAUUGCAGCUGCAUGUUCAAGAAGUGGCCAGAGAGUUCUGCAUGUUGAUUCAAGAAGCUACUAUGGAGGAAACUGGGCCAGUUUUAGCUUUUCAGGAAUACUGUCCUGGCUAAAGGAAUACCAGGAAAACAGUGACAUUGUGAAUGAAAGCCCAGCAUGGCAAGAGCAGAUUCUUGAAAAUGAAGAAGCCAUUGCUCUUAGCAGGAAGGACAAAACCAUUCAACACGUGGAAGUGUUUUGUUACGCCAGCCAGGAUUUACAUGAAGAUGUUGAAGAAGCUGGUGCACUGCAGAAAAAUCAUGCUUCUGUGAUAUCUGGGAACCCCACAGAAGCUGCACAUUCUGCCUGUCUGCCUUCAGAAGAUGAGUCAUUAUGCAGUGUGAUCUGUGAAGUGCCCAGAGAACAAACUCCAAGCAGUGAUCUAGAGACUGCCCUAGAAAUACACGAUGUGGAAGUAACAGGGGAAAAGGAAAAGUAUUAUGACAACAAAACUUGUGUGAAGUCAGGUUCAGAAGAAGAAACAAGUGAAAAUGUGCCUACAGAAGAAGACACUGCAUUGCAACCAAAGAAAAAUAGGAUUACUUACUCACAAAUUAUUAGAGAAGGCAGGAAAUUUAAUAUUGAUUUGGUAUCAAAACUGCUGUAUUCUCGAGGAUUGCUAAUUGAUCUUUUAAUCAAAUCUAAUGUAAGUCGAUAUGCAGAGUUCAAAAAUAUUACCAGGAUUCUUGCAUUUCGGGAAGGAAGAGUGGAACAGGUUCCUUGUUCUAGAGCAGAUGUCUUUAAUAGCAAACAACUUACUAUGGUAGAAAAACGAAUGCUAAUGAAGUUUCUUACAUUUUGUAUGGAGUAUGAAAAACAUCCUGAUCAAUAUAAAGCCUAUGAGGAGAUUACAUUUUCCGAGUAUUUAAAAACACAGAAAUUAACCCCCAGCCUCCAGUACUUUGUCCUGCAUUCAAUUGCAAUGACAUCAGAGAAAGCCAGCAAUACCAUAGAGGGUCUCAAAGCUACCAAAAACUUUCUUCACUGUCUUGGACGUUAUGGCAACACUCCAUUUUUAUUUCCUUUAUAUGGCCAAGGAGAGCUUCCUCAGUGUUUCUGCAGGAUGUGUGCAGUGUUUGGUGGAAUCUAUUGUCUUCGUCAUUCAGUACAGUGCCUUGUUGUGGACAAAGAAUCCAGAAAAUGUAAAGCAAUCAUAGAUCAGUUUGGUCAGAGAAUAAUCUCUAAGCAUUUCCUUGUGGAGGACAGUUACUUUUCUGAGAACACAUGCUCACAUGUACAAUACCGGCAGAUCUCCAGGUCAGUCCUGAUUACAGAUAGAUCUGUACUAAAAACGGAUUCAGAUCAACAGAUUUCCAUUUUGACAGUACCAGGAGAGGAACCAGGAACUUUUGCUGUUCGAGUCAUUGAGUUGUGUCCUUCAACAAUGACAUGCAUGAAAGGCACAUAUUUGGUUCAUUUGACUUGUACGUCUUCUAAAACAGCAAGAGAAGAUUUAGAACCAGUUGUGCGGAAAUUGUUUACUCCAUAUACCGAAACAGAGAUAGAAAAUGAAGAAGUUGAAAAACCAAGACUUCUGUGGGCUCUUUACUUCAAUAUGAGAGAUUCUUCAGAUGUCAGCAGGAAAUCUUACAAUGAUUUGCCAUCCAAUGUUUAUGUCUGCUCUGGCCCAGACAGUGGUCUAGGAAAUGAUAAUGCAGUCAAACAGGCUGAAACACUUUUCCAGCUAAUCUGCCCCAACGAAGACUUCUGUCCACCUCCACCAAAUCCUGAAGACAUUAUCAUUGAUGGGGACAGUUUACAACCGGAGGCUUCUGAAUUCAGUGUCAUACCAGAAGCUAACUCAGAGACUCCCAAGGAAAGCACAAGCCUGGGAAAUCCAGAGGAGGACUCUCGAUAAUGGAUAUACAACAAAUUGAAUACCCCACUUUGGAAAUUCCUCCUGGCCUCAGGGUCUUCUUCAUGGAAGAACUGAAAAAUGUUAGAAAAUAGCAGCCAAUUGACAUACAUAAUUACCAAGAGAAGCAGGUCAUAGAAAUCCAAAAGGGGAUUUUCCUUAAAGAGGACAUUGUAAGAACACAAAACACUUAAAAAGCACAUUGGCUUGCCAGCUUUAAGAUACCAAACCUGUAGAAUUAGCAGAUAAAUAUAAAUGGAUUGGCUCCCAGGGGUAUGGUAGCUAUGGAUAUGAAAGUGUACCUAUGCAUUGUUAAUAAUUCUGUCAUAUUCAGAAAGCUUUUUCUUACCGCUUUGGAUCUUUGUUUGAAAGCCACAUCUUCAAAAUCGGGUCACCUAUUCCCUAUAAAAAAUAUUUUUUUCUCAUAUCAGGGAGAUCAUACGAUAGUUGUCUUUCUCUGCUUGACUUAUUUCGCUAAGCAUGAUACGCUCUAGUCCCCUGGGGAGAAAAAUAUAUGUUUAUAAAAAAUAAAAAAAUUAAUUAAAAAAAAAACUAAUGAUGCAACAUAUGCUGGCUAAAUUAAUUUAAUAAUAAAAAAUUAAUAAAAUAAAAAAAUCUAUAAAAUCUAUAAAAAUAAUAGUAGAAAAAGAAAAAAAAUAUUUUUUUUAUUAUUUUGAUUCUGUUUUCUUUAUGGGUAUGGGCAUGAUGACACCAAUGAUAAAAGCACAUGUAAAUAGUGGAGGAAAGCUUAAGUAUCGUGAUCUAGGCAGGAGCCUGUGUUUGGAAAAGGUUUGUUUGGUUUUUUUCCUAUCUUGAGAAUUAUUGAAAAUGGCAGUAUUAAAGUAUACAUUUUUAUAAAUCAUGAGUCCAUUACUCAACAUUUUUUAAUGUUAGUGAUAUUUUUUAAUUUUUUUAUUUAUUUAUUUGACAGACAGAGAUCACAAGAAGGCAGAGAGGCAGACAGAGAGAGGAGGAAGCAGGCUCCCUGCUGAACAGAGAGCCCAAUGCGGGGCUCGAUCCCAGGACCCUGAGAUCAUGACCUGAGCCAAAGGCAGAGGCUUUAACCCACUGAGCCACCCAGGCGCCCUUGUUAGUGAUAUUUUUAAUGUGACUCAUUUACACACUAGGAAAGCAUUUUAGGACUGAAGAAAUGGAAGGAAAAAUUUGGAUAUGCUCAUUAGUAUGCAGAAAUUCUGCUUAGUCAGGUAACUAAAGCCUAAUUGUAUAUGGAUCCAAUUUAGUCCUAACUAUCCUAAUGAUAUUAGACAAAUUGUUUAACUUAUAUCCCUCACUUUCUCCAUAUGUAAGGUAGAAAUUGUUACACGUUGCCUACUGUAAGAGAAUAAUUUUGAAGAUAAAAGCAGUGCAAUCCUUAGAAUGGUAUUUCUAGGGGGAAAAAGUUGUUUUCCCCUUGAUUUGGAGGUCAAUAUCAAAAAUCUCAUGCAGCAAAUAAUUGCUUGCUCUCAAUCCCCCAACACAAAAGAUCACAAUGUUUUUAUUGCAACUAAGCUUUUAAAAAAAGACCUGUUUCCUAAAUUAGUAUUUUGUAGUCUUAUAGACUAGUAAACAUAGUAACAUGGAAUUGUGGUUUUGAAUCUUAAAAAGGAAAGCACGCUAUAAAUUCUUCAUAUUCCUUUUCUGCUAGGUAAACCUGAACCACUAAGGACUCUGAAUACAAUAUGACAGUUGGUAAACCCUAAUACACUUAACACAAAAAUGUUAGGGCUAUACAUAGCCAGCAAAUCUAGUUACAGUGACAGUGACUGUUAAAAUUUUUCCAGAUGCCAAGUUCUGAUGGUUUGUUCAAUUUGAGCAAUAGUUUGGAUUUAUUUCAAUAAUUAAAUAUGUAAAAAGUUUGUUGUACAUUCUGGCCUACAUUACCAAUCAGAGAGAGCCACUGCUACAGUAGAAAGCACAUAGUUGCAAUGAGGCUAUGACUUCUCCAGAUUUCAGAGACAAUCUUAAAGGAAGCUGGCUCUGUCAGGUCAUAGAUUCAUAGAAAUUGGAAAGAACCAAGGCAGGUAGCUCUUGCCUCACCUUUCCAAUCCCCUGUGGAUAUAACUAAAUCUGGAUGGAAGGAAAACUUUCCCAGCCUCUCAGGCUGCUCCUAACUUCUCUUCCCAUUGUAUACCCUAUCUCCUACCACUUUGGCCCUCUCUCUUCCUCUCCUUCCCCCUUCUGUAAUGUCCUACAAAUCAGGAAUAGUAGAAUCACAUUAUAAUUCACUUUGUUUUAUAGAUUCAGAUCUUUCCUAAAUCAAAUCAUGUUUCCUGAAAUUCAACUAUGCCAUGUCCUAAAUGUACAGUACAUACCUAGAAGCAUCAGGUAUUGGCCCUGCCCCUCAAUACAAGCAAUAUAAAAGGUGCCACUAUAUGAAAGUACUGAGUCCGAAUACAAUUGCAAUAAGUUGCACCAAUUAAAAUAUUGUACUUUGUUAUAGUCAUAAGAGUUAAGGCCUAUUGAAUGCAGCAUACACAUUUGUAAGCAACCAAUCAGUGUAGGCCCAGACUAGUAACUAGAAAAGACUAUGAUAGCUUUACUGCAGCUAUCUAUAUAUAGACAAGGAAGGAAAUGCUCUGUGGUCUCAUGACUCAACCCAUAUUGUACUGUAAUUUAUCCAUUAGCCAGCAUCAUCAUCUCUCUUCCACAUUAUUUAUUAAAUACUAUUUAAGUGUUUAAAAGCUCCUGAAUAUGAUUAGUCAUGAUUAAAAUAUUAUACAACUGUUAAAAACAUUGUGUUAGAGAACUUUAGAUAUACCCCAUUGCCUCAGAAUUAACAGAAAUUAUUCUAAAAGCUUUCUUUUCAGCUAUCUUAAUUACUGCAAAUCUUUUUUUUUUCAUAGUUUUAAGCCAAAAAAGGAGAAAUCUUUUGGUUUUGUUUUAAAACCAUAAACCUGAAGUUACAUGAAUAAAGUUAACAUGUUGUAUAUGUUACAGAAAUUUCAGUAACUGAUUUAAAAUUUUUAAUAUUGUCAUCAACAAAUUUUGAUUCAUGAGUUUAAAAUGUUUAGUUAUAUGUGCUUAUUAGCCAAAAAUGAUAAAACCAUUCAAUUUAGUGAUCUGUAUGAAAACCAGUUACCCAAUGUUGCUGCUGUGUCUUUAUUUAUCUAGUUGGUAUGCCUGCCCAGAAAAGCAAAUAGGUGGGUAGGUAGAUACUAUAAAUGUAGGUAUUUUUCUAUAGGAAAACUGAGUUACAAUUUCCCCAUCCCUGAUGAUAUUUAGUUGCCCAUAGUAAAAUGGCCAUGUUAAUGGUUAACUUCUAGAAUGAUAGUUUCUGAGAUCAGCAGCCCUUUAUCUAAAAUAAUGGCCAUGCUAAUGAUUAUAACUUCUGUCAUAGCUAUAGUUCCCAAGAAAGCAGCCCUUUGUCUAAAGUCUUAAAAACCUCAAAAAUUUUGUUGAAAUUUGAUCACUGAGUAGUAUUGAUCCUUUAAGGCAGGAAUUAAACAGUUUUUUUAUAAAUAAGUUAUUUACUGCUAUUGAUACUGGAUAAUUUAUCUAGGUUAACUUUCUUAUAUGCAUUUCAAAGGCAUAAAUAUGACUCAUAAUUUUCACACUGUAGCAGUAAGUUUUCAGAGGAAAUAAAAGUGUUUUGAUGCCUUUCA